UCGUACAUCGGGAUACAACAGUGGACGCUAUAUCUUGGUUUCUCCGCGGAGGCUUCGGGAGACCUGAUCAUUGCCAUCGCGCAAUGCCGCGUGCUCUGGAGUCUCAGGACGGGUUUGCGCAGGUCGAACAUGAUCCUUAGAUCCCUGAUGGCAUACAGCAUCAACACAGGCCUCCUCACGAGUCUAUGUGCACUCGCCGCACUCAUCUCGUUCGGGUGUGACCACUCCAACUUCAUCUACUUCGCAUUCUACUUCGUUUUGAGCAAGCUGUACGUCAACGCGCUGCUCGCUCAGCUAAAUGCCCGCGCCUCCCAUUUCGAG